ACUGUCCAGGUCGCCUGUCAGUCUUUGGUCAAGCCUGAGAGCCGUUAGUCGACACCGAGAGACUCGAGCCGCAGUCGCGAUCGGUUCGGUUUCUCUCGAAUUUCAACAGCCGAUCGUUCAUCUUCCACCUCUUAAUUCGUGGAGCAAGUCGUUCUUGCGACUAUACCGAUUUAAACUGCCGAUUGUGCUUUCACGCUAACAUCAUGACAAGGGAAAUAUUUGUGCUAAUUUUCGUUGCGUGUUUCACCGCCGAUUUCGUCGCCGCAACCGAAGUUCUCGAUUGUGCUACCGGCGAGCUUGACAAGAGUGGCAGGGCAGUUUCGAUAUCGAAGUGCGUCCAGCCGCCAUGUUUGCUGAAACGAAAGACGACGAUUGACGUCGAGCAGCAUUUCGUGCCGAACAGAGACGUCCGUUCCUUGACGACGAGCGUCAACGCGAACGUCCUUGGAAUUCCGUUGCCCUUCGUCGGCGUCGACGGAUCCAACGCCUGCAAUCUGAUCUACAACACCGACGGAUCGAAGGCGAGCUGUCCGCUGGCCAAGGGCAAGGAAUACGUGUAUAAAAACAGCUUCCCAGUUCUCCAAAUUUAUCCACGGCUCGUCCUGAAGGUUCACUGGGCUUUGACCGAGGGCCAGGAAACCAUCGCAUGCUUCGAAGUGCCGGCGCAAAUAACGUAAUGCCAAAUUCACAAAUGUAGCAAUCGUCCGCACUGCAUUCACCGGUAAUAAUUGUCACACAGUUGUUGGCGUUUUUAACAUUACCAUUACAUUUUUUCUCCAUUUA